CCUGCAUAUUGUGUCUGUUUGCAUCAGCUGUGACCAUCACAUGGGCAACAAGAAUACUGUGUUUUACAAUGAAAGACGGACAAUCUGAACAAUCAACAGACCCCCCACCCUACUCGCAAGAGGCGAUCCCUGAGGGCUUCGUAAACCUCGCUUACAGCCAAGAUGAGAAACCUCACGAAGACAAACCAGAAGAGCCACCCAAUGACUCAAAGCACAAAGGCAAAAAGGGAAAAAAGUCAAAGGACCAGAAAGAGUCAGUGAAAACAGUUGGGUUUUUUCAACUGUUUCGCUAUGCCACCUGCCCAGAGGUGUUCCUCAUGCUGAUCGGCCUCCUCUGUGCUGCUGCCCAUGGUGUCGCUUUGCCUCUCAUGUGUGUAGUGUUUGGACAAAUGACCGACAGCUUCGUGCAGAGUGGGCAGACGUACAAUCUGACAGGCUCCAAUGGAAACUUCACCUCUAACUUCACCUUCACCCUCAACAACACUUCAACGUGUUUGGCUGGUUCUCCGGAAAUAGGCAUCGAAUCUAAAAUGACACAACAAGCAUAUUUCUUUAUCGGGAUCGGGGGCGCAGUUCUCGUCCUGGGAACGUUCCAGGUAAUGCUUUUUCUGCUGACUGCUGCGAAGCAAACCAAGAGGAUCCGGGAGAAGUAUUUUCAUGCCAUCCUUCACCAGCAGAUGUCGUGGUUUGACACGCAUCCCAUCGGAGAGCUGAACAUUAGACUUACAGAUGAUAUAAACACAAUCAACGAUGGCCUCGGGGACAAAAUUGCUGUGUUUGUUCAGUUUUUUUGCUCCUUUAUAUCUGGACUCGUCAUUGGUUUUGUCUUUGGCUGGAAGUUGACGCUGGUCAUUCUUGCUGUCAGUCCACUGCUGGCAGGAUCAGCCGCUGCUUGGUCUAAAAUACUUGCCUCUUUAACCAGUAAGGAGCUGACAGCGUAUGCUAAAGCAGGAGCGGUAGCAGAGGAGAUCCUGGUUGCCAUCAGGACAGUCGUAGCAUUUAACGGACAGAAGAAAGCAGUGGAAAAGUAUGAGAAAAACUUGGUGGAAGCAAAGGAUUUUGGGGUAAAGAAAGCCAUAAGCACUAACGUGUCCAUGGGCCUGACUCAGUUCAUAAUAUUUGCCACUUACGCACUGGCGUUUUGGUACGGGACAAAGCUGUCUGUGGAUGAACCAGAGAAUUACACAAUUGGGAGGGUGCUGAUUGUUUUCUUCUCUGUUAUGAUCGGCACUUUCUCUUUGGGUCAAGGAGCUCCAAACCUGGAGGCCAUUGCCAAGGCUAGGGGUGCUGCUUAUGAGGUCUACAAAACUAUUGACAUGCCUCGUCCCAUUGACAGCAGUUCAAAAGAGGGCCACAAACCAGACCAUGUGAGAGGAGAUAUCGAAUUCAAAAACAUUAAUUUCAAUUACCCCUCCAGAAAAGAUGUGACGAUUUUGCAGGGAAUGAGUCUGAAAGUCCCUCACGGAAAGACCAUUGCUUUGGUCGGAGCCAGCGGCUGUGGGAAAAGCACCACAAUUCAGCUUCUGCAGCGCUUCUACGACCCUGAUUCUGGAGAGGUGACUCUGGAUGGUCAUGAUAUCCGCACUCUGAAUGUGCGCUGGCUGAGGGAGAACAUGGGGAUUGUGAGUCAGGAACCAGUUCUUUUUGGAACCACCAUCGCGGAGAACAUUCGCUACGGCCGAGAAGACGCCACCGAUGCGGACAUUGAACAGGCCAUUAAAGAGGCCAAUGCCUACGAUUUCAUUUCCAAACUUCCAGAUAAACUGAACACUAUGGUUGGUGAGAGAGGUGCUCAGCUGAGCGGAGGACAGAAACAGAGGAUCGCCAUCGCUCGCGCUCUCGUCAAAAACCCCAAAAUCCUCCUGCUGGACGAGGCCACAUCCGCCCUGGACACACAGAGCGAGUCCAUCGUUCAGGCAGCUUUAGACAAGGCCAGAGCAGGACGUACUACCAUUGUGAUCGCACACCGUCUGUCCACUAUUCGUUCGGCUGACAUAAUUGCUGGUUUCAGUGAAGGCCGGGUGGUGGAGCAGGGCUCACACAGAGAACUAAUGGCCAAGAAAGGGGUUUACUAUUCCCUCGUAACGCAACAGACUUCUGGGAGAGAAAAUGAAGAACUUGAUGCCAAUGAAGACGACACCCAGGACGAUUCUGAUGGGGAGACUGGUGAAGAAUCUUCUGACGCAGAGAUUCUGGAAGGAGGCGUGGAGAUGAAACUGGAGCGUGGUUCCUUCAGAAAAAGCCUGAGACGUUCCAGUAAGAGGCGUUCCUCCAGGAAGAAGAGCAAGAAAUCCAGAAAAGACAAAAAGGCAAAAAAAGAAGAAAUUCCUGAAAUGCCGUUCACUAAAAUCCUGGCACUGAACAAGCCGGAAUGGCCUUACCUGGUGGUGGGCACCUUCGCCAGCCUCGUGGGUGGAGCUGUGUAUCCCUGCGUAGCCAUUCUGUUUGCCAAAAUCAUUGGUGUAUUCGCAGAACCGGAUCCUGAGGUGAAGCGGCAGAAGACCUUGAUGUUCUCACUUUUAUAUCUGCUAAUUGGAGUUGUGGCGUUUCUCACUUAUUUCUUCCAGGGCUUCAUGUUUGGUAAAUCUGGUGAGCUCCUAACCAUGAGAUUGAGAAGCCAGGCUUUCAAGGCAAUUGUGAGACAGGAGAUUGGCUGGUUUGAUGACAACAACAAUGCAGUGGGAGUCCUGACCACUAAAUUAGCCACAGAUGCGUCUCUGGUUAAAGGGGCUGCAGGAUCCAGAUUAGGACUGGCCACCAACACUAUCUGUGCUCUUCUCAUUGCUGUGAUUGUUGCCUUCGUUUUCUGCUGGCAGCUCACAUUGCUGAUUCUCGCCUGUGUGCCCUUUCUCACGGGUGCAAACUUCAUCCAGAUGAGGGCCAUGGCAGGACACACUUCCAAAGACCAGAGUGCACUUGAGAUGUCUGGCAAGAUUUCCACAGAAACCGUUGAGAACUUCAAAACAGUGGUGGCAUUGACCCGUGAAGACGUCUUCUUCCACAAGUUUAUCGACAGUCUGAGCAAACCCUAUAAGUCGAGUUUGUGUAAAGCGCCCAUCUAUGGGAUCACCUUUGCUCUCGCUCAAGCCAUUCCUUACUUUGUCAACGCCGCCAUCUUCAGAUUUGGAGCCUGGCUCAUUGCACACUGUUACACCGAAUACGAAAAUGUCUUCCUGGUAUUUUCAGUGAUUGUUUUUGCUGCUAUGAACAUUGGUCAGUCUUCAUCAUUCGCUCCUGAUUUUGCUAAAGCCAAAGCUGCAGCGGCCAGAAUCAUCCAACUGCUGGAGAAGAAACCAGAGAUUGAUAUCUACGAUGAGUCUGGAGAGAGACCUGGCACCUUUUCGGGCAACAUCGAUUUCAAGGAUGUGCAGUUCUCAUACCCGACGCGACCAAAUGUGAAGGUGCUGCAGGGUCUGGAUGUGUCGGUGCGUCAGGGUCAGACUCUGGCUCUGGUGGGCAGCAGCGGCUGUGGAAAGAGCACCACUAUUCAGCUUCUGGAGCGUUUCUACGACCCCGCCGGAGGCCAAGUGCUUGUAGACGGUCGUGACAGCAAGAGUGUGAAUCUGGCAUGGCUGCGCACACAGAUGGGGCUGGUGUCUCAGGAGCCCAUCCUGUUCGACUGCACCAUCUCUGAGAACAUUCAGUACGGAGACAACAGUCGGACAGUCACACAAAAUGAGAUUGAGGACGCCGCGAAGAAGGCCAAUAUACACAACUUCAUCCUCACCCUUCCAGAUAAAUAUAACACUCGUGUUGGAGAUAAAGGCACUCAGCUGUCUGGAGGACAGAAGCAGAGGAUCGCCAUCGCUCGAGCUCUGGUCCGAAAACCCAAACUCCUGCUGCUCGACGAGGCCACGUCAGCUCUCGACACGGAGAGCGAGAAGAUCGUGCAGGCGGCUUUAGAUGAGGCUCGGCUCGGCCGUACAUGUAUCGUCAUUGCCCACCGAUUGACCACCAUUCAGAACGCAGACAUUAUUGUGGUGGUUCAGAACGGCAAGGUGGUGGAGCAGGGAACACAUGCACAACUCAUGGCCAAACAAGAGGCUUAUUUCGCUCUGGUGAAUGCACAAGUUUCCGCUCACUAACAUGAACAUUAAGCAGCAUUUACAUAUUGCAAAUGAAGGGCUAAGUAACUAAAAAAUAGUGCAGUUACUAUUUACAAUUACAUUUAAGAUACAGGUACUAAGAGUUGUGAGUGUUGUAAUAAACUUUCUAUAGUUUUAAAAAUUAAAAUGUCAUUGAUGAACUUAUUAAGAUAAACCAGUGUGUGUGUGUGUGUGCGUGUGUGCAUGUGUGUGUGUCUGUGUGUGUGUGUGUGUGUGUGUGUGUGUGCGUGAGAGAGAGAGAGAGAGAGGAAAAAAGUUAUUUGUUUUUAUGUAAACUUUGUUACAGCUCUGUGAAUAAAUAUUGUUCUUUAGACUUUAUAUUUGCAGAGAUUUAUUUUUUCUCUUAUAUCCAGCUCGGAUAUUAAUAGGAGAAACUGCACAUAAAUAAAUAUAAAUCUGGUAUAAGCUAUUGUUUGUUUGUACACCCACUUUAUCAUGGCUCUGUGAAAAGAUGCUGUAUAUGUAAAGAUUUAUUUUGUCAUAUGCAUUGUAAAUAUAAUAUGUUAUUUUAUUGCACAUUAAAAAAUGUACACUUGGGACACGUUUUCCCCCUACAGAUCUUAAAUAAUUGCAACCAUUCUACUUAAUGUUUUACCGAAUGUAUGAGUUUGUACAGCUAGUAUAAACCCGUUGAAUGUGAAUAUUGCUUUAAGUGUUUUGUUUUUAUGACCUCAUCGCAUGGGGGCGCAAUGUGCGCGUGCUUUGAACCUCCAACAUGUUGGAUCUUUUUUUCUCUCUCCUGCACUGGCUUUAACUUGGUCUCUCGGAUUUAAACUGCUACAACAGCCUUGUAUUAUUUCUUGUGAUAUGUUGUUAUAUAAUGUUCAGUGUUUAAAGGCUUUUUUCGAUUUGUAUUAAAUAUUAUUAAUAAUUCUGUGAUGUCAUUUCUUCCUCAAAAAAAAAAACGUUUGCUUACGUUAAAUAAAGUCAGUUUCAAUUCCAAAA